CACCCUCUCUGAUCUGCUUAGUCUCUACCUGUCCUCAGUCAGUGCCCAUUUCUGUCUCUUUGGGUCUGGUCUCUGUCUCUCCUGCUCUUUCUAGCUCUCUGUCUCUGUCGAUUUCUGGGAAAGCUAUUUUUCUGCCUUUUUCCUCAUGGCCCCUCUGCACUUCCCUGAAUCCAUGACCACCUCCUCUUGUGUUGGGGGUUGUGGGGGCAGCAGGGCCCAGCACCCAUAAUUCCCUCCCCCACAGGCGGCCCUUUCCUCGGGGCCCCACCUGGUGCCAGCCCCUCCACCAGUGGGGGGACUGCGCCUGGAAGCUGUCAUGGAGGCCCUGCAGAGGCAGCAGGCGGCCCGACUGGCCCAGGGGGUGGGGCCAUUGGCCCCUCCACGCCCACCACCGCCACCACAACUUCCCUUGCCUGGCCCCCGGACCCUGCAGGCCCCUAAGGGGGCCUUGGGGGAGGUUGGGGCUGAGGAAGAGGAGGGUGCUGAAGAGCAUGAGGAGGGAGAGGAAACCCGGGCAGAGGAGGUGGCAGCCGAGGAGAGCCGUCCAGGACCCCGGGGCCCCAGCUCACCUUCCAGCCAGCCACCUGGACCGCAUGCCCAUGAGUGGACCUACGAGGAACAGUUCAAACAGCUGUACGAGCUCGAUGCAGACCCCAAGAGGAAGGAAUUUCUGGAUGACCUGUUUAGCUUCAUGCAGAAGAGGGGGACGCCAGUGAACCGCGUGCCCAUCAUGGCGAAGCAGGUGCUGGACCUGUACGCGCUGUUCCGCCUGGUGACGGCCAAGGGCGGCCUGGUGGAAGUCAUUAACCGCAAGGUGUGGCGGGAGGUCACGCGCGGCCUCAGCCUGCCCACCACCAUCACCUCGGCCGCCUUCACUCUGCGCACCCAGUACAUGAAGUACCUGUACCCGUACGAGUGCGAGACGCGGGCGCUUAGCUCCCCGGGGGAGCUCCAGGCCGCCAUCGACAGCAACAGGCGCGAGGGCCGUCGGCAGGCUUACACCGCCGCCCCGCUCUUCAGCUUGGCCGGGCCGCCCCCUCGGGGCUCUCUGGGCCCCGCCUCCGGGCCCGGUUCGGCCCCGCCCGCGCCCCCCGCCGGACCCCGCCCGGCCCAGGGCUCAGCCUCCGGCCUGCCGGCGCACGCUUGCGCGCAGCUGAGCCCGAACCCCGUUAAGAAAGAGGAGAGUGGAAUUCCAACCCCUCGACUGGCACUGCCUGUGGGCCUGGCCUUGGGACCUGCACAGGAGAAGUUGGCACCAGAGGAGCCCCCAGAGAAGAGGGCUGUGCUGAUGGGACCCAUGGACCCACCUCGACCUGGCGCACCCCCCAGUUUCCUGCCCCGUGGCAAGGUUCCCCUGAGGGAAGAGCAGCUGGAUGGGCCUCUCAAUCUGGCGGGCAGUGGUAUCAGCAGUAUCAACAUGGCCCUAGAGAUCAACGGGGUGGUCUACACUGGCAUCCUCUUUGCCCGCCGCCAGCCUGUGCCAGCUUCCCAGGGCCCAACCAACCCUGUACCCCUGCCCCCUACAGGGCCCCCUUCCAAUGCCUCACCCUGAGAGCUCCCACUUGGAAUUAAGAGUUCCAGCCCCACUGCUGAGGGGUGACCACUUCCCCCCCGUGCCACAUGGACUUGAAGCCUAAGAGUUUUCUUUUGAUGUUACAUCUACCUCAUUGUAAAGGGAGGGCAUCUCCUCCCUGGCCAACUCCAGCAGCAUCUACCAAAGAGUUCUGCCCCCAGUAACCCCCAUCAUCUCCUCAUGUGCCCCCAUGUCAUUGUCAUCUC